CGACUCAAGUAAAAGGAAACCGAAAAUAUUUUAGGCAAUGGCAACCGAGCCCGUCCCAACUUGUAAAUUUGCCAUCAUCAACAGUUGUUUUCGCAAUCUCUUGACAUUAAACCUCCAGAUCAAAUGACAACCGUCCGAUCAAAUUCAACCCUUGUCUUCUUCUUCCUAAUCCUCCUAAUCACACCUUCCCAAUCACUCUCAUUCUCUUCCUAUUUCCGUUUCCGCGAAUUCUUCUCCCUCGCACACUCCAUUUUCACCGGCGUCGCUAACCUCCGUGCCGCCAGAGGCGAUGUCGCCGGUGCCGACAGAGCCAGAAAAAUCGCAAACAGUUUGGAGAGCGUCUCUGGAUUUGGAUUCUUGAAACUCGUCUGGUCCGCUUGGUCUUGGAACUGGUUCUUGAAGGAACUCCCGUUCACGGAGCUAUAUGGUGCCGUUUCUGACAUCAACGAGUUUCUUAGAAGUUUGAAUGAGUUGACUCGUUUGGAGUCGGCUGCAGAAAGGGCUGUUUGGCUUACGAGAAAUUACCAAAAUCUCCUCACCGUUACGAAAUCGCUGUCUCGUAAACUCCUCAAAGCGUUUGGUCAAUCGACUAUGGUUUGGCAGGAAACAGUGAGGGAAAUAGUGAAAACGCUGCGAAUUGAGGUUGUGGAGGGUGGGUUAAUCAAAGAUUGUCUUUUACUUGGAGGCAAUGAUUUGAAGGAUUUGAUUAAAGUAGCCAAGGAUUUGGUAUUACAAUUUUUUCCUGUCACUGAUAAAAACUCUGAGCUAUAAUUAGUUUAGUUGCUUUUAGGUAGGUUUGGAGCUAUAAUACAAUGGCGGUAUCAUUACUCUCCUAACCACGUACUAAAUUGGAAUGAUAUGAGAAAAAUUGUAAAUGCAAGGUUUGUUAUGAACUUUGUUUAACAUAAUAGUUUUUGUUUUAAGAAAAAAUUUGUUUUGAGAUAUCACAUAGAACAAUUGAAAAUAAUCAAGGUUCUAUUAGAAUAGUUAGAUUUGAAAUAAAUCAAUUUAACACAUCGUGCAAAUGUUCAUACAUGUCUCAUCUAUUUAAUACAAUAUGCUAAUGUGCAUACAUGUCUCAUAUAUUUAACACAAAGCGAAUGUGCACAAUAUGCAAAUGUGCAUACAUGUCUCAUAUAUUUAACACAAAGCGAAUGUGCACAUAAAUUGUUAGGAUAUUGGUUUGGGCCUUAGUUCAAACCAAAUAAAUAGGAAUUGGUUCAGUUAGUAUUCCCCAUAUAAAUAAGAGUGUAUGGGGCAGUAGUUAGGUAUCUUAUUAUUUUUUGUUUUUCAUAUUAGGGUUUGGGGAGAGGGAGAAUCAUCUCUCCUAUCAAGAGCAUUUGCUCUAGAAUUAUAGGGGUCAAUCUCUGCAAUAGUUCUUAAUUCAAUCAAUAUUACAUUUUAGAUUUGUCUUAAUUUUCGAUCCUUAUCAUAAAUCAUUGAAAUAGUCCACUUCAACUUCGAAAAUGCUAGCAAAGCUAUGAGUUUGAAUAUGACUGAGCAGCAGAAAAUUAUACUCUUCAAUUAUCAUCUAUCUUGGUAGUUAUGUAGCACCGACACCUUUGAAAAAUGACGUGUCUAUGUCGGUGUCAGACACCGACACUUGUAAUUUCCCUUUGAUUUAUUCAUUUUUUUAAAUUAUUAUUGGUUUCGCCAUGUCGUGCUCUAGGUGUCCGUGCUUCAUAGGUCGGCAGUAACAAACAGUUUGAUAUUUGUCGAUGUAGUCUGUUAUGAUAAAAUCUAAUUCUUAUUAUCUAUUUAGAAUUUGCGUGGUUGCAGUUAUUUCAGAAAUUCAGUAACACCUGCGAUAUGUUGUUGUUGUUUUGCUCUACUACAUUAUCAUAUUAGUACUGAAUCCAUGUUUAGCAUGCUUCUGUAGAAGUUCUGCAGUAGUUUGCUGCGUUUCUAGUCAAUUUUGGUCUGAAGAAUUCAAAUAUCUGUGAUGAAAGUAUGGUGGUGGAUAUUUUUUCUUUAUACUGUUAUUGAGCAGUUCAAAAGACAAAAUCACCACAUCCAAGAAACCUCGUUGUGAUUGACUUAAUUUUAACAUAUUUCUCCUAAUCAGAUGUCAAAAAAUGGGGGAAGAGAACAGACAGGGGAAGAUUAUGCAGAAAUGACGCUACGGGAAAGAUUUUAAGUUUUGAACCAUAUACUCAUUUGUUAGGUCUAUUUCUUUUCUCACUGAUAAACAUAGUUAAUUACUUGGUCAAAAUCAAUUUUAUGAUUAUAAAUUCAAUAAAAGAAUGAAUUAAUAUUUAGACACAAUGAGUGGGCAAGGUCGUCUUUGAGAAAGAUAGAGAAGAGUACAACACAAAUAAAUAUAUUUGGAUUUUAAUAUCGGAAAGCUUUUUUUCAGUUUUUUUUAGUUGAAGUCUCAAUGCAAUCCUCAGCUGCAAAUUAUCUACUGCAAUUCUAAUGCAAAACGAAAGCCAUUGCAUGAAAUUAA